AUGACAACCUUUCUCGACUCCGCCUCACGACUUCACAUUCUCAUGCUCAACGCAGGCAUCAUGGGUGAUCCCAACGCAGUCACCAAGGAAGGGUAUGAGCUAGGGUUCGGGGCGAACCACAUGGGCCACGCCUUGCUGGCAAGACCGGUGAUGCCCCCCCUCAAGUCUGCUCCACACUCUUCGGCCUCGAACCAUGGCACCAAUUAUCAGUACCCCCAGCUCACUACAUUGGCAAUUGACCCAGGGAGCGUCAAGGCCGAUCUUUUCCAGCCCAAUGGUGUUAGGCUGUUCAUUCCAUUUUUUAUGGCGGUAGAAGAAGGAGCAAAGAGCUAUCUCUGGGCAAGUACAGCUAAUGGCAUGGUGAGUGGAGAGUACUAUGACCCCAUUGAGUUGACGGGUAACACCAGUGCUCUAUCGGAGGACAAAGGUUUUGCAAAGAAGCUUUGGGCUUGGACGGAAAAGGAGCUAAGCUAUCUAAACUGUUCAGACGAUAUCGGUUUGCUUAGGCGUCCCAAGGGCACCUCUUCAGUCACUCCACCACAAAACGCAUCACGUGACCCAACAGACGACGAAUGGACAGAACUAACGGACGGACUAGUGGACGGAUCGUCAAUAAGCGCGGUUGCGCGCCGCGAGCAACCAUGCUCACCUGCGAUCACCUACAAUCAACCCCAGGACAUCAUACUGUUUAACCCAGCACCUCAUACUGCUGUUAUAAGGGCAAACCACAGUCGGCCGCUACCUCCUUCCCUUAAGCUAAGUUCGCACGGACUGUACACCCGCUGCCAAUCCCGCUUCUUACCCCCGAAUCCCCUCAUUACUUAG